AAGCUGAAUCAUUCAUAAUUUCAUCUCGUAUUUGAUAAUCCAACAGAAGAAUUAUAGCAGAGCUCAGACCUUUAGAAACACAUUACCAAAAAUGGAGGUCACUCAAUCACAGAUGAUGGAGGUGAAAGAUCGUAGACCAAUUGCUCUGGGAGACUUGCGAGUUUUCCCUGAUGAACUCAUUUGUGCUAUCCUGGAGAAUUUCACUCCUCGCGACGUCGCUCGCCUUUCUUGCGUUAGCAGUGUGAUGUACAUACUAUGCAAUGAAGAACCGCUGUGGAUGGUCCAAUGUCUUAAAACUGCUAAGGGACAGCUUGAAUACAAAGGUUCCUGGAAAAAGACCACACUGCACCAACUUCAAGUACCGGAUGAUUUUGCAGGGCCUCCCACAAAGACACUGAAAUUUGAUGGAUUCUACUCCUUAUUCCUGUACAGAAGAUUUUACAGGUGUUUUACCACAUUGGAUGCAUUCUUGUUUGACAAGGGAAAUGUUGAUAGAAAGAAAAACCUCUCUCUGGAGGAUUUUCAUCAUGAGUAUGAUGGACAGAAACCGGUUUUGAUAACUGGAUUGGCUGAAAAAUGGCCUGCAAGAAAAACAUGGACAAUUGACCAAUUAUUUAUGAACUAUGGAGAUACGGCAUUCAGGCUUUCUCGGAGGAGUUCUAAAAAAAUCACUAUGAAAUUCAAGGAUUAUGUCUUGUACAUGAAACUUCAGCAUGAUGAGGAGCCUCUAUACAUUUUUGAUGAUAAGUUUGGGGAAGAUGCACCAGGUUUGUUGAAAGAUUAUAGUGUGCCUCAUCUAUUCCAAGAAGACCUUUUUGAUGUCUUGGAUAGAGAUCAGCGACCACCUUUCCAAUGGUUAAUUAUUGGGCCAGAGAGGUCUGGUGCAUCUUGGCAUGUCGAUCCUGCCCUUACCAGUGCUUGGAAUACUCUUUUAUAUGGGCGGAAAAGGUGGGCAUUGUACCCUCCAGGUAGAGUGCCACUUGGGGUCAUAGUAGAUGUAAAUGAAGAAGAUGGUGAUGUAAAUGUUGAGACUCCAUCAUCUCUGCAGUGGUGGCUUGAUAUUUAUCCCCUGCUUGCGGAUGAAGACAAGCCAAUAGAGUGCACUCAGCUACCUGGUGAAACAAUAUUUGUCCCAAGUGGGUGGUGGCACUGUGUUCUCAAUCUGGAAACCACUAUUGCUGUCACCCAGAAUUUUGUAAAUUCAAAUAACUUUGAAUAUGUAUGUCUGGAUAUGGCUCCUGGUUAUCGUCAUAAAGGAGUUUGCCGUGCUGGAUUACUUGCUGUUGAUGAAAGCGCUUUCAGAAAUUCCAAAGGGAGUACUUUCCGUGAUGAAGAACAGUUGAACCACUCAGAAAUCACAAGGAAAAAGAAGCGACUCAGAGUUUCUGAAGCUGGGGAGGACCCAUGUGUUCAUGACCAUGAUGAAAAAGCUACAAAUGGUUUCUCGAAAGGUUACAGUAAUUUACAAAAUCAAGUUUUCUCUUAUGAUAUAAAUUUCUUAUCCAUGUUUCUAGAGGAAGAAAGAGACCACUACAACUCCCUCUGGAGUCCAGGCAACUGCAUAGGUCAAAGAGAAAUGAGAGAAUGGCUACACAAGCUUUGGGUUGGAAAGCCAGGGAUGAGAGAGUUAGUAUGGAAGGGAGCUUGUCUAGCAAUGAAUGCAGACAAAUGGUCAUCAUGCAUGGCAGAAAUUUGUGCUUUCCAUAAUUUGUCUGCUCCGUCGGAUGAUGAUAGGCUUCCAGCUGGCACAGGUAGCAAUCCCGUUUUUCUCAUUGAUGACUAUGUAAUUAAGAUUUACGUUGAAGGAGGGUUGGAAUCUUCUAUCCAUGGUUUGGGCACUGAGCUUGAGUUCUAUAGUCUACUUCAUAAAGUCAACUGCUCUCUAAACGAUCACAUUCCUGAUAUUUUGGCUAGUGGAAUCCUCUUCUAUGAAAAUGGAUCUUAUACAAUUGUACCGUGGGAUGGACAAGGAGUUCCAGAUGGAAUUUCCAAGUGUAAUUUGGUUCCAGGGAAGUAUUCAGUAGAUGGUUUUCCUUUUGGUGUAUGGAGCAAGCAACAAUUUGAAUACAGAAAAGCUGGUUUUCUAAAUCAUGAAUCGGACAAUUCUGUUGGAUGCACAAAGAUAUGGCCAUAUAUAAUAACUAAAAGAUGUGUCGGGGAUAUAUUUUCUCAUUUAAGAGAUGCUCUAUCAUGGGAUGAUGUCCUAAAUCUGGCUUCAUUUUUAGGAGAGCAACUGCGUAUACUUCAUCUUUUGCCCUUGCCAUCUUUGUCUGAUUCCACUUAUUCAGACAACGAAAAGGAGAUGGAUUUGCCUUCAGUGAAUUCUAUUUUGGUGGUUGCUAAGCACUACAAUGUUCCACCAGAAUGGGGUCUUUUUAUAAAAACUCUCACUAGGAAGAAGAAGGAUGUCUCAAACCACUUAGCUAGAUGGGGGGAUCCAAUACCAAGCAGCCUGAUAGACAAAGUAGAAGAGUACCUUCCAGAAGAUUUUGCAGUGUUGCUAAAUUUGUCCAAGGAUGAAAAUGGCCUAUACAAUGUUCAAAAGUCUCCUACCUGGAUACACAUGGAUAUUAUGGAAGACAAUAUUCACAUGGAACCAAGUUUUCUUAGUUCUUGCUCGAAUGAGAAUGUGCCAGAUGCUAAUAUGUCCAUGGACUACAGUAGUGGCAAUACAGAGCAGAGAAAUUGGCGCCCCAGCCACAUUCUUGACUUUAGUGAUCUGUCUAUAGGUGAUCCACUUUUCGAUUUGAUUCCAAUACAUCUAGAUGUCUUCCGAGGAAAUUCAUCUCUACUUAAGCGGUUUCUAGAAAGUUACAGACUUCCAUUCGUGAGAAGAAGAUCACAGUAUGAACCAGUAGAAAGUCAUUCUAAGUUUAGACAACUCUCAUACCAUGCCAUGUGCUAUUGUAUCUUGCAUGAGGAGAAUAUAUUGGGAGCUAUCUUUAGCCUAUGGAAGGAACUGAGGUCUGCAAAGUCAUGGGAAGAGGUUGAAGAGGCUGUCUGGGGCGAUUUGAACAAAUAUGAAAUUUUCUGUUAGUACUGCUCCUCACAUUCCUGCAAGAACCUCAGCCAGCUAUCAACGGAAAGUCCCUCAAGAACCGCUGCCUAUCAACGAAAAGUCCCUGUUCAACAGCUAGCAUCUGUUAAAUAUGUUGCAAUUGACAGAAGUGGUUUUCCAUUGCUACUUUAAGUGCCUUAUGUAUGUUACAGAAUUUCUAAUUUUGCUCGACCCCUAUUUAUCAUUUGGAUCAGCUAGAGGAAGUCUUAACUGGUGAAAUUUUGAGUCCAUUUUUUUGUUUUAUCUUAUUAUGUAUUAUGUGUGUUAGUAGCCCUC